AUGUUUCAGAAGAUGUUGAAUCAAUAAAUGAAGAAUUAAGUAGGGUCUCUAAAUCAAUAAAAGUAGGAAGAUAUGAAUAGAAGAGUAGUAACAGAAAUUGAAGAUGUGGAUUAAGAAAUAAAAACAAUGCAAGAUGUCACAAAUUUAAAAGCUCAUUUGAAGAUGAAUUAAAUUGUGAAAUAAUCAUUUAGAAAAAAUAAGGAUGAAACUAAUCCAUCUAUCUAUAUUAGUAAAUUUGAGAAUCAAUUAAAAUAAAUACAACAAUCUACAAUAAAAAAAUAGACACGUAAACCACUCUCCAUUGAAAAAAACAGCACUAAAUCAGUAUUAAUGCCAGCAUCCACUGAAAGAUAUGAUUAUUCUAAUUUUACAUACAUAAAUCUAAAAGUUGUUGGAAGUGGAUCAUUUGGAGUUGUACAUAAAGUAAACUAAUUUUAAAUAAAAGGCUAAAGUAAAUGAGACAGGAGAAAUUGUAGCAAUUAAAAAAGUAUUACAAGAUCGUAGAUACAAAAAUAGAGAAUUAUAGAUAUUAUAAGAAUUAGAUCAUGUUAAUGUACUUAAAAUGAAACAUGCAUUCUAUACUCCUGCUGAAAACAAAGAUGAAAAUUAUCUUAAUGUUGUAAUGGAGUACUUUCCUGACACACUUUACUCAUUUAAUAAAUCAUAUAUUAAAGAUUUUAAAAAGAUGCCUGAUAUCUAAGUCAAAUUAUUUAGUUAUUAAUUAUUAAGAUCAAUUGCGUAAUUAAAUUAUAUAUAUUCUUAGAUAUAUAUCAUUAUUGGGAAUAUGUCAUAGAGAUAUUAAACCACAUAAUGUUUUAGUUAACUCUGAAUCAAAUAAAUUAUAAUUAUGUGAUUUUGGGAGUGCAAAAAAAUUAGUUAAAGGAGAACCUAAUAUAGCCUAUAUCUGUUCAAGAUGUUAUAGAGCUCCUGAAUUGAUAUUUGGAUCUAUAGAUUAUGAUACUCAAAUUGAUGUUUGGUCUGUAGGUUGUGUUAUAGCUGAAUUAAUUAAUGGAGAACCAUUGUUUUUGGGAGAUUCUGCAGUUGAUUAAAUGGUUGAAAUUGUUAAAGUACUUGGAACUCCAACUAAUGAAUAAAUAUUAAGUAUGAAUAAGAAUUAUGAUAUACAAUCUAAUUAGUUUGCUAAAAUAAAAUAAAGAGAUUGGAGAAAAGUAUUAACUAUUAAUUUUAUAAAGGUUUUAAAAACUAAAGAUACUAAAGCAAUUGAUUUAGUCUCAAAAUUACUUACUUAUUGUCCAAAAACUAGACUUACUCCAUUUAAAUCAUUAACUCAUCCUUAUUUUGAUGAACUCAGAGAUAUAGAUUAAUUAAAAAGUUUACAAAGUUAAAUGAAAAUUGCAAUCCCAGAAUUAUUUAAUUUCUCUAAUGGUAUUUUUAUUGAUUAUACUCUUUAGAUGAGAUAUAUAAAAUGACAUAAUAAGAAAGAAUGCAAUUAAUACCUGAUUGGUAUGGAAUUUCAUCAAAAAUUGUUAAAACUGAAUAUUGA